CAAUGUCAGUAGCACGGAGAUGACGCACCUUCACUGGGAAACACAGGAAAACAGGUUCCUGCAGUGAGGAGGAGCGUAAAAUAACAACAACCAAAAGUGAAAGAAACCUCUCUCGAGCCUUACCUGACGAACUCCUCGACAUGACAUGUUUCAUUAAGAGUGAGAUUUAUUAAUGUUUUGUACUUUAAUUGUUUUCUAAGGAGCCUUAUAUUGGACUUGAUAUCUGAUGUCUGGAGAUGGCGGAAGGAACUUCAAAGAUGUCAGCGAUCAGCUCCAGUUCAGAUGAUCCAGUAAUCAGGAUUCUUCUGAUGGGCAGAAAGGGCUCUGGGAAAAGCUCAUCUGGAAACACCAUACUGAGAGAAAGAAAGUUUAAAGUUCAUGUACAACAGAACAAGCAUGAAGCUGAAAAUGAGUUUGUUGAAGAUUUUGAGGGUAAAACACUUAUUGGUGGGAAGCAGGUGCAUGUGAUUGCUUGUCCAGAUCUACUGGAUCCAGAUCUGAAUGAAGAGCAGCUGGAGGAACUGAAAGAGCAACUGGUCUCUCGAUGUGCAGCAGGUCUCAGUUCAGUUCUGCUGGUUGUGCCUUUAGUGAGAAAUGUGGAAAAUGAGGAAGAGAUCUUGUAUUAUAUAAAGGGUUUAUUUGGUCCUGAAAUACAGAAGUACAUCAUGAUUCUGUUCACUCAUAGAGAUGAACUAGAUGAUCUGGGUGAGACCACUGAAGCACAUCUACAAAGCAAUGAUCAUGCUGAUCUUCAACAGCUGGUGAAUGUUUGUGGAGGAAAGUUUCACUGUUUCAAUAACAAGAGCAAAUCAGAUGAUCAGGUACAAGAACUACUGCAGAAGAUUGGAGGAAGGAUGGAGGAAAACAGAGGGAAAUUUUGCAUGGAACGAAUGAGGAGGAGAGCAAGCAAGGAAGCUCCUGAUGUCAUUUUUUCAGGAGAGUCUCCAGCCAAAUCUUCAGAGUUGACCAAUGUGAUUCCUGAGCGCAAAGACCAGAUCAGGCUGGUUCUGCUGGGAAAAACUGGAUCUGGGAAAAGUGCCACUGGAAACACCAUCAUCGGCAGAAACGUAUUUAAAUCUUCAGCCAAUUCAAUAUCUCUGACCAAACAGUGCAGCUCAAAAACUAUUGAGAGGAUGGGUAAAAAGAUUACAGUGAUCGACACACCAGGACUUUUUGAUAAUAAACUCAGUGAAGAGGAGGUUCAAACUGAACUAUUGAAAUGCAUAACAUACUCGUCUCCUGGACCGCAUGCUUUUAUUAUUGUCAUUAGAGUGGGUCGAUUCACUGAGGAGGAGAAAAAUACAGUGGAACAUCUCAAAGAAGUGUUUGGAGAACAGAUAGAAAAAUACACCAUGAUCAUCUUUACCCACAAAGAUCAGUUAGAUAAAGACAAUAAAACCAUUGAAAACUAUCUACAGAAUGCUGAUCCAGAUCUUCAGUCCCUCGUUCACAGCUGUGGAAGACGAUUCUUCUGUCUGAACAACAACUCUGCCAGUUUCCCUCAGUUUAAAAACCUGAUGCGUAAAAUAGAGAUGAUGGUGGCAGAAAAUAAAGGCUACUUCAGAAAUGAAACAUUUGAGGGAACAGAGAAAUGCAUUCAGGAGAUUCAGAAAAUGAAAUUACAUGAGAAAAUGGAGCAGUUGGGUUUAGCUGCAGAGUCUCAGUGUGAAGAAACCCAUUUAUUCAAAACUCAUGAGUACAUAACAGUUCUAGUCAGACGGUUGAAGGUGACUGGGGAUGAAAUGAACACCAUAAAGGAACUCGAGAGACAAGGAAUCACUAAUAUUGAGGCAGUAGUACAUGUGCUCCGAGCCACAGGAAAACAGGACAUGUGUGGAGUUCAGUGAGAGACUCAGUCAUAAUCAGACAUACAAUACAAAGCACUUU